GGCGGGCUCCCAGCGUGCGCGCGGGGCCGCGUCACUUCCUCUGCGGAGGGUGCUGGCGCCGGGGACGCUUGUGUCGGCGGCGGCAGCGGCGAAGGGGAGCGGAGCGGCGGGACCAUGAGCGACAGCGGGGAGCAGAACUACGGCGAGCGGGAAUCCCGUUCUGCUUCCAGAAGCGGAAGUGCUCAUGGGUCUGGCAAGUCGGGGAGGCACACCCCUGCAAGAUCUCGAUCUAAGGAGGAUUCCAGGCGGUCCAGGUCAAAAUCUAGAUCCAGGUCUGAAUCCAGAUCUAGAUCAAGGAGGAGUUCCCGUAGACACUACACAAGAUCACGCUCCCGCUCCCGCUCUCACAGGAGAUCCAGAAGUAGGUCUUACAGUCGGGAUUAUCGGCGGCGACACAGUCACAGCCAUUCCCCCAUGUCUACUCGCAGGCGUCAUAUCGGAAACAGGGCAAAUCCUGACCCAAACUGUUGUCUCGGCGUGUUUGGAUUGAGCCUGUACACCACAGAAAGAGAUCUGAGAGAAGUUUUCUCCAAGUAUGGUCCCAUUGCUGAUGUUUCCAUUGUGUAUGAUCAGCAGUCUCGGCGUUCAAGGGGAUUUGCAUUUGUGUACUUCGAAAACGUUGAGGAUGCUAAGGAAGCAAAGGAACGUGCCAAUGGAAUGGAGCUGGAUGGAAGAAGGAUCCGAGUAGACUUCUCCAUAACAAAAAGACCUCACACACCUACCCCUGGAAUCUAUAUGGGAAGACCCACUUAUGGCAGCUCACGACGACGAGAUUACUAUGACAGAGGGUAUGACAGAGGGUAUGAUGAUCGUGACUAUUACAGCAGAUCGUACAGAGGAGGUGGUGGUGGUGGCGGAGGAUGGAGAGCUGUUCAAGACAGGGAUCAGUUUUACAGGAGGAGGUCACCAUCCCCAUAUUACAGCCGAGGGGGCUACAGAUCUCGAUCCAGAUCUCGAUCCUAUUCACCUCGUCGCUAUUAAAGCAUGACAUAUGGAGGAAUUUCUAGCUACAGCCUUUGAGUUGAAAUUGCAAGUUUGUGGACAAUAUUUUUAUUGUCUCUUCCAUUUAAACAAGUGAACAGUGCCUAGCGAAUAGGUGACUUUUACACCUUUUACGAAGACUACUUCUGUGGUGUUAAAUGCUGUUUCAUUCUGCAUAUUUGUGUAGUUUGGUGCUUUGUUUCAAGUUGUGUUUUGAAAGGAGUAUGUUUUGCAUGUAUUUUUUUAGUCUCCAUUUUGACUCCUGAAAGGUUUCUAUUGUAAAAACAAACUAUUCAGUUAGUUUUUUCUACUGAUUCCAAGGUAUUCUGAAGAUCAAAGCCUGUGUAAAAUGCUUUCCAAAAGUGAAAAAUAAAAUAAAAAGAAGUUUGUUUUUUCUUUUCCUACU